CGGGAGGUAGAGGCGGUCCUGACACGGGCAGACUGCAAUGAAACCCCAGUUUGUUGGGAUCUUGCUCAGCUCCCUGCUAGGGGCUGCCUUGGGAAACCGAAUGCGGUGCUACAACUGUGGUGGAAGCCCCAGCAGUUCUUGCAAAGAAGCCGUGACCACCUGUGGUGAGGGCAGACCCCAGCCAGGCCUGGAACAGAUCAAGCUACCUGGAAACCCCCCAGUGACCUUGAUUCACCAACAUCCAGCCUGCGUCGCAGCCCAUCAUUGCAAUCAAGUGGAGACAGAGUCGGUGGGAGACGUGACUUAUCCAGCCCACAGGAACUGCUACCUGGGAGACCUGUGCAACAGCGCCGUGGCAAGCCACGUGGCCCCUGCAUGCAUUUUGGCUGCAGCAGCUACCGCCCUGACCUGUCUCUUACCAGGACUGUGGAGCAGAUAGUGGGAGUAGGAGUAGAGAAAGGAGCAAGGGAGCAAGGGAACAAGGGACAUCCGAACAUCUAAUGUGAGAAGACAGGCAUCCUUCUGUGAGUCAUUAAAAUCUAUGCACCACUCUACAGCUGACUGGAAAAUUGCAUCUAUCUUUGGUUGAUGGGAGGACUUAAAGGGUAAUAUGGGGCAUCCAGGUUCUAGUUUGGGGGUUACCAAGCAACAGCGGGCUUAAUUACAGUGGUGCACUCCUUAACCAACUAAAACCCAAAGACAGUGGCUUCUCUGCCUUCUGUGGCUCCUGGAUCCUGUUGCUAGGUUGAAUCUUCCUUAGCAAUGAGAUUCACUGAGUGGGGUUGCCAGGGUUUUGUGAGCCUGAGUCUGGGUUUGCUCCCCUUUCUCCCAUUUGCAACUUGG